ACGGCGUGCCAGCUGAUAGGGCGGGCACUUUGCAUUUGGAUUUGUGGCGACCUGUUUGGGGUUGUUUUGUUACAAAAGGGGGCAACUCUAAAAACGCUCGUUGCCAGGGCAACAGGAAGCCGACCGGCCUAGCGAAGGGAGGAAGGGGAGAAGGCCCAGGCUGUUUGGUCAACUCGAAGGAUCAGCACUCGAGCCCAGUCUGCUUUUGCAAAGACAGCACAAUGUCUACACCACCUCUAGCUGGAGCAGGAAUGCCUCCUGGCCCAUUUUCAGGACCUCAAGCUCAAGCUGCACGGGAGGUGAACACGGCUUCUCUGUGUCGCAUUGGUCAGGAAACGGUGCAGGACAUUGUAUUUCGCACCAUGGAAAUCUUCCAGCUGCUGAGAAACAUGCAGCUUCCAAACGGUGUCACCUAUCAUACAGGAACCUAUCAAGACAGACUAGGAAAGCUCCAAGAACAUCUACGCCAACUCUCCAUUCUUUUUAGGAAACUGAGAUUAGUGUAUGAUAAAUGCAAUGAAAACUGUGCGGGGCUUGACCCUAUUCCAAUAGAGCAACUUAUUCCUUAUGUUGAAGAAGAUGGCUUCAAACAUGAUGAUCGGGGAGCAGCCAGCCAGCUCCUCUUUGCCAGUGAAGAGAGAAGGGAAAUCAUGGAAGUGAACAAGAAGCUAAAGCAGAAGAAUCAACAGCUGAAGCAAAUCAUGGAUCAAUUACGGAAUCUCAUUUGGGACAUAAAUGCCAUGUUGGCAAUGAGAAACUGAAAUAUGUUUUCUCUCUUUCUCCUUACGGCAGCUGAUUUUAUUUGUUGAGGGUGGUUAGAGAAUAAGUAUUUUGUAAGGCAGUCCUUUUCUCUCUCUCUCGCUCUCUCUCUGUUGUCUUUAUGCUUUUAAAAUAGCCAAAUCUUUGUACAGUUAAAUUUAUAUUAAAAUGUGUGUAAAGUAA